AAAGGAAAAUGUGCCAAAACAAUAUAAAAUAUAAAUAGAUAUGGAGUUAUACAAGUCUGUUUUUUUGUGUUUUGUGUGUAAAAGCUUAUAAGUUUAUUAUAAAUGUUUUAUAAUAGGUUUUCAUAAGGUGGUACAAUAUAGAAACCAUGGAGAAAAAGGCAAAAGUCGCUAAUAAAACCCAAAAGUCAAGUAAUAAGCUUCCAAAAAAAGGAAAACAAUCCAAAGUUAAAGUCUUUAACAAGAAAAAGAAAACCAACCAAACGGAGGAUGUUGUAAUCGAAACCUUAAGAUCAAAGUAUUCCACAAUUGAUCCAAAAAAUGCAACCAAAUUUACGGAUUUUCCAAUUAGCUCGAAAACAAUCAAAGGCCUUCGAGAAUCAAAAUACAAUAAACUAACUGAGAUUCAGAAAGCAAGUAUUCCUUUGGCUCUUCAAGGCAAGGAUGUUUUGGGUGCAGCUCAGACAGGCUCUGGUAAAACACUGGCAUUUCUUAUUCCUAUUAUAGAACGUCUUUACUGUGAACAGUGGUCGAGAUUAGAUGGUGUUGGGGCUCUUGUGAUUACUCCUACAAGAGAAUUAGCUUACCAGAUAUUUGAAACUCUUAGAAAGGUUGGCAAGUACCAUGACUUCUCCGCAGGUCUCAUAAUAGGUGGCAAAGAUCUUAAGUUUGAACGAAAACGAAUGGAUCAAUGUAAUAUUAUUGUUUGUACUCCUGGGCGAUUAUUGCAACAUAUGGACGAAAAUCCUUUAUUUGAUUGUGUCACUAUGAAAGUUUUGGUACUAGAUGAAGCUGAUAGGUGCCUUGAUAUGGGAUUUAAAGAUACCAUGAACGCUAUAGUUGCGAAUUUGCCGCCUGAGAGACAGACAUUGUUAUUUUCCGCUACUCAGACAAAAUCAGUACAGGACUUAGCAAGAUUAAGUUUAAAAGAUCCAUCAUAUGUGAGCGUCAACGAAAUGACUACUCCAAAGGAACUCCAACAGAGCUAUGUUAUUUGUGAACUUCAAGAUAAGUUGUCCAUCAUCUGGAGUUUCAUUAGAAAUCAUCUUAAAAAAAAGACGAUAAUUUUUUUCUCCACGUGCAAACAAGUUAAAUAUUUUUAUGAACUUUUUUGCAAAUUAAGACCUGGCUUAAGUUUGCUGCCCUUAUACGGUACAUUGCAUCAGCUACGUCGGAUGAAAAUUUAUGAGGAAUUUUGUCGUAAACAGUCCGCAGUUUUAUUUGCCACAGAUCUGGCUGCCAGAGGGUUGGAUUUUCCUGAGGUACAUUGGGUGGUGCAAGCUGAUUGUCCGGAGGAUGUUCAAACUUAUAUUCAUAGGGUGGGGCGAACUGCCAGGUAUUACAAAGGAGGUGAAAGCUUGCUUUUAUUAUUGCCCAAUGAGAUAAAAAUGCUUCACCAUUUAGAAGAAAAGAAGAUUCCCAUCACCAAAAUUGAUAUUAAUCCUGCACAGCUUCAGAAUCCAAUCCGAAAAAUUGAAGCUUUUUUGGCCAGAGAUCCUACAUUAAAAGAUACAGCCCAGAGGGCAGUAGGUCACUAUGCGAAGGCAAUUCAUUUAAUGAAACAGAAAGACGUAUUCGAUGUUCGAGCUUUAGACUUGGAGGCAUUCUCUAAAAGUAUUGGAUUAGCGGUUCCACCUCGGAUUAGAUUCUUAGAUAGAAUGAAUAGAAAAACAAUUGGUUUACAAAAUAGAAAAGAAGAAGUUCGCGCAGAGUUAGAUUCUGUUAAAAAUGAAAAUGAUAAUAUGAACUCGUUAAAUACAAAACAGUACUUUAACGAUUCUGCUGAAGAAAGUGGCGAGGAUGUUGUUAAACCAGAAAAUAUAAUGGCCUUAAAAGUAAAUAAGGCAAAUAUAAAUGAAGAUAGUGACAGUGAUUAUGCAGUGGAAAUCAGAAGUAAAACAAAAGUAGACUCGGGUAAUAAAGUAAAAGUUAAUGAGGAUACACAGAAAAAGAAAAAAACACAAGAACACUCUAAAACGUCAAAUUUCGCAAUGGACAAUAGUGACGACGGUGAAGAGGAGGAGGAUGAUGUUUUGCAAAUCAAACGUCGAGAUCAUGAUAUUGAAAUUCCUAAGAAUGUAGGAAUUUUGGAUUUAUCAAUUGGUCGAAGCAAAAACAAAAAGGCAAUAACAAAAGCCGCCGUAGUAAAGAAAAUGUUAAAGAAAAACAUCGUGGCGAAUAAGAAAAUUAUUUUUGACGAUGAAGGCGGCGCUGAUAUUGUUCAUGGAAGCAAAGAAAAGCGAUCCGAAUUAGCCAGAGAAUAUGAAAACGAAGACGUCGCCGGAAUAGACAUUGAAAAGGCAAAAUUGGUUUUGAGAGAAGAGGACAAAUUCGAUAAACAAGUAUUUAAGGCGAAAGUUAAAGCGAAACACAAGGAAGAAAAACGAAAACUUAAGGAAUUGAAGAAGAAAGAAAGGGAGCAAGAUGAACAGGAUGAUUUUGGCGAAAGUGAAGAUGAAGGUCCAGAUUUGUCCUGGCUUCCAGACCCAGACAAAAUUUAUGGUGCCAAAACUGGUGAAGAUGUUGAGAUGGAAAUUAGUGAUGGAGAUGCGCUUGUCGAGGAUAAGGAGGCUAAAAAUAUCAAAAGAGCUAAAAAGAGGAAAUCCAAAGGGCCAGAUAACCUAGAAACCGUUCUAAAAAGAAAGAAGAAGCAGAGAACUGAACAGUUGUGCAACGACCUUAACGUAAACGAAACUGAAGAGUUGGCUAUGAUGUUACUUAAAGGAAAGAAAUAAAUUAAUUAACUAUGGUUGUUUGAAUUCAAUAUACGUUUUUUGUUUACGGAAAAA